AUGACUUCGACAGUUCGCCCCACUACCGCCGUUGUGGAGCGGGCCUCGGUAUCCGACAUUCCGGAGCUGAUCACCGUCUGGUGGGACGCGUUCGGCUCCGAGCACAUGCAGCGCAUCUUCCCGCAGACGCCCGAUGGCAGGCUCUGGCUCGAGCGCGCUUUCAAGCAGUUCCUUGGACCCGCCCCGGGACCCAAUGAACUAAAGACCGAGUGUCUGAUCGUGCGCAGUCCAGAUACCGGUAUCCCUGUUGCGAUAGCUAUAUAUCGCAUCGUACCAGCGGGAUCUGACGCAGCGAAGCAGUCAUGGCGCGCGAGGUGGCCUGCUGUUGAUGACUUACCGGAUUUCAGCGAUGCCGCCGUAAACGGGUUUUUCAGCCCUAUGGAAAAGGCGCAUGCUCACGUUCUAGGCGACCGUGGCCAUGUCUUCUUGGAAGUGCUUGGUACGAUAGAGGCAUUUCAGAAAAGGGGUUAUGGUACCGCGUUAGUUAAGUGGGGAACUGAUUUAGCCGAUCAGUUAAGAGUUGAGUGUUACUUGGAUGCCAGUCCUGCCGGAAAGCCACUUUACGAAGCCAACGGUUAUGCAGAGCAAGAUGUGUCUGCUAUUAUAGAGAAGCAGUCGGCGGCUUCAAUGUUACGCCCAAAGAAAUCCCAAGAUUGA